AUGCCCAUCCCAUGUGGUCAAUGCCAAGUAAUCCAAGAUGUGGCCAACGGUUGGGAGGGUCUUUGUCUUGGAUUGCAGCUGCAAAGCAGUUCAACCACUCCGGAAGCCUGCCGGGGAAUCUGUUGCGAUGAUGCCGAUUGCGAGGUUUGGCAGUGGGGCAAUACUCGAGACAAUUCUGGCUCCAAACUUGGCCUAUGUUACACUGGCCGUGGCCUGGAGUGCCAGAGCGAGCGCUUCGAUGACCUGCUGGUUCUAGCUGGUCAGCGUAUCUCGCAUGGCACAGUCUCAGAGACCAUCAGCUUGGAAAAGGGACGGUGGUGCCGUGGGGUCGGGAUGAAGCAGGCCGACGUACGGGCCAAAAGCCCCAUGGGCGGCACGUACAAGACAGAAGUUCUGCAAUGUCGAGAUGUUUGCUAUGCUGACUCGGCUUGCUCAAUCUGGGAGCACAGCACUCGAGAUGGUUGUUGGUAUGGGUACUCUGACGAAUGUUCCCGAUCUUUUCCAGAAGCUGCGACCAUGGUGGCCGGUGAGCGCGUCGCCCGAGCCUGUGGACCCGGAGUACAGACAGAGGAAGCCACGGAUUAUGUGAAGGUCUUUGGAAUCAUCGGCUUUGUGGCAUUUCUGCUCUUCUGCUUUGGUUUGGUUUUUGUAGCUUGCGCAGCACUGAAUGGCUCUGCAGACGCUUACAAGAGAAGUCUCUCCCGAAACCAGUCCGAAGAUCUGGAUCGUUUUUCGGAACAUGCUGGAAGAGUUAUCGAUGCCCAGCCCGUGCAACCUCGACAAGGCAAGGAGAAGGCUCAGGCCCUUGCCCGAUGGAUCAUCCACUUGCCGCGGCAUGCCAUGGCUAGAGGAUUCAUGUCCCCUCAAGGGCAGUCUGACUUGCAGCGGAACCUUUCUGCAGAUCGGCCGACACAAUCCUGCAGCGCUGGCAAUGGUUGCUAUGAGCUCAACUCAGCUGGGGCUGCACUCUUGCUUACGAAAAUAAACUGGGGCAUCGGAAUGAUCGCAAUGCCGUUUUACCUGCAUUCUGCUGGACUUGGAGCGGGUGUGCUUUUCUUCCUGCUCAGCAUGCUUUUGGCGGCCGACGCUGCACUAGUGCUGCAGCAGCUACAGAACAGUGGUGACCCAGGGGUGCUUGAGGCCUCCUAUGUCCUGCUGAUUGGAAGGUCUCUGGGUCGUGCAGGCUCCCCUGGUCGUGCAUGGUGCAAGCUCAGUGAUUCUUGUUAUGGUAGCGAGUGGGCCAUUGGCGAAUUACGACUGCUAAGUGAGAAUAAAAGCUUUGGGCCGGAAAGCAACCUGGGUGAGACGCUUGCCGUCCUGUCACUUGUCGUGGCAAACUGGGGCUCUGCGGUAGCAUGGCUGAAAUUCAUCGGGGACAACUUAGCUCGCUUUCUGCCACUUGGCAUAUCAAGUGCAGGCUGGGUCCUAAUUUUGGUUGGUCCGGUUGCGUUAUCUGCAUUAGUGGAUGAGAUAGCAGCACUGCAGCGGCUCUCACGGUUGGGGCUACUUGCUGGUCAGCUGUUCGUGCUUCUGAUCGCCAUUGGUGUUAUUCCCCACUUGCACGACUUUCCAGAAUACUUGGCAGCCGAGCCCUUCCUGCGGAUGAAGACCUUCCCCGUGGCCAUGGGAUUAGCAGUUUUCUGCAACGAGGGAUUGGUUGUGCUAUCGCCCAGUGUGGCUGCUUCCAUGCAGAAGCCUAAGCUCCUUAGCUGGUCACUGUUUCUGGCAGUGACAUUCUUCUCACUGAAUUACAUGCUGUUGGCGAUCUGCGGUGACUUCUUAUAUUCUUACCUACAGGUCGGAGAAGUUGCACAGGAAGUCACUAUGUCUCAAGGCUUUGAGAUGACGGUCCUGCAUCGAGUAGCUGUGCUUUGUUACGUCCUUCAGCUACUCCUGACUUUCCCUGCAAGCCUGUUCGUUUUAUUUCGAAAUUUCGAGGCACUCCAUCCUUGCUACGACAAUUGUUGGAAAAGGGCUUGGCGAUCAGCGGCGGUGCUGACUGUCGGUGCUGUAGCAGUGGUAGUGCCUCGCUUUGGGGAUUUUCUAGCAGUCGCCGGCGCUGUGGGCAAUUCCGUUUGUAUUUACAUUCUGCCACACCUAGCCCUCCUAGCUGAAGGCACAUGGAGGGGCAUGCAGCUGAGCAAGAGCCGCAGGGUGCUGUCAUGGAUCAUUGUACUUGUUUUUGGUGCUUUCUGCGGUGGCUUAGCUUCGGUUAUCUCCAUCCAGAAGCUUGUUGCAUGA